CCCUUUAACAACAAGCGGAUCAUUAGCCAGGCCAUAUCGCCGUCAUUCGAAGCUUCGAUCAUGGCACUGCGCCCUGGUAUUGAUGAGUCGAUGAUCUUCUACUCAAAAGAGGGGCACGAUCCUUCCUCGCCACAGUUGAAGCCAGUCAUCCCCAAUCUAGAACCGGGAACAGACUCCGUCAGAUUGCUAUCUGAUCCUUGCCUAGAACCAGAUGAAGAGAACAUUUCCGAGCCGUGGGACGUAGCCCUCAGAUUCAGGCCAGAGCCGGCAGAAACAUGGUCUCCUCAAUUCGAAGAAUCGAUCGAAGAUUCAUGUUUCAGUUCCCAUGUUAAAAAACAAGCAGCGAGUUGGAAGGAUGGGCUGCUGCUCGCGCAUAUGGCUACCGAUCAUGGAUACGAUGCUGUCGCGGAGGGUCGUCGAUAUCACUUGCCUAGCAAUGAAGACAGCACAUUAAAUCUGCGGAUUGAUUUUUUCAAUACAUAG